AGUCAACCGAGGUCGCCGUGGCCGUGUGGCGGUAAACAUCCCGGCACUGCGGUUUCUUAACGGAACGAGGCUGCGGCGAUGAAAGCCCCCACUCCACCUGCCGACUCCUGACACGGAGGUGCUCGUUCCACGUCUCGUUCCUCACUGCGAUGUGCUACAGAUUGCUCCAAAGUGGCUUCACCUGCAACAGCGUUCAGUAACUUCGUAUACGGAAGACGUUCGGACAGGUGCUUCAAGCCCAUACGGUAAUCGCUGCGGUAUAUUCUCAACAAUACUGCGGCGUUUAUUGACUCUCCUAUUUCCCGUUUUUCGUGUAGUCGGCUCCGCGGCAGAUUUCCACGAAGUGUCAGUUGUUUUCUACUGUCUGGAUGACGCAGUGGCAAAGUGGCUACCAGAAGUCGUGUACUGCAACAGUAUUUUGUUUAAGACACUACUGCAGCUCUUGAUGCAACAGACUGGCCAUCAAGACAAGAAGAAAUUCAUAUUGUGAAUGUGAAAACAGUAUGAAAUGCGGAAUUAGCCUACAUGGAAAGAAUGUUCAGUGACUUCAUAUACGGAAGAAGUUCGCACAGGUGCCUCAAGUCCAUACGAUAGCCACUGUGGUAUGUUUCAACAACACUGCGGCGUUUAUUGACUGUCCUAUUUCCUGUUUUUCGGGUACUCGGCUCGCCGCAGAUUUCCACGAAGUGUCAGUUGUUUUCUACUGUCUGGAUGACGCAGUGGCAAAGUGACUACCAGAAGUUGUGUACUGUAACCGUAUUUUUAUUUUGUUUAAGACACUGCUGCAGCUCUUGAUGCAAGAGACUGGCCAUCAAGACAAGAAGCAAUUCAUAUUGUGAAUGUGAGAACAGUACGAAAUGUGGAAUUACCCUACAUGGGAAGACUGUGCCCUGAGAGAGAGACACGCAAUGCGCAAGUGUAGCAGCAAGUUGCGUAUCUCAUCCCGUACCAGCUAAUAUUUCUGUUGGUGGUAUGUUGUCUGACCUUGUCGCGACAAUGAGUCACCCUGUUGAAUCAGAGGAAACUCAUCACAUUCACAACUGAGUUCUUUCAACUGUACCGCCUGUAGUAAACACGUCCCCGCUUCUUUCCUAAGGUGCGCAACUAAUUACUUUGGACGUUUGUCGUGGACACGUAGGUGAGUGACUAACGUGUCAUUUUGCAGCUGUUAAGACUAGAUUUAUGCGCGCUGUGGAAAACUUUCCUCGAACUGCAUUCCACCACAAGUGACGUGUUCACCAGAGAAAUAGCUGAUAAAGCACUAAAUAUAUCUUAUGUUCCCGCAGACAAGCAUUUGCUCGUGAAUUCGUGCUUGUUUUGGAGCUUCCUUGACCACUGUGCAACUCCCGUCUUAUUUUCUUUGAAUCUCUGAAGUGACUGGAAGGACUAGCGUUGGAAUUGUCUAGAAAUAACAGAAGACUCUUUGGAACUGUGGAAUGCGAGAGAAGUCUGAAGAUAAAUGUUUUAGUAAGGGGUUCUGUGGUUUUCUCCCCCAAGCGUCUCACGGUUAAUCACCACUCUGCCAGCUGAUGGCAGUAGCGUAUCAGUAUCGAUAUCUGCAUACGAAAACCAGGCGCUACAGUGGAAGCGCUAGUAAGAGGUUAAUAAGUGUCGUGAACGCUAAACGAGGACUGAUUGUGUGCGAGUAAGAGAGAAGACGGGAGGUAGCGUCGUGGUGACGCGGUCGUGAGGUCCAGUAGCGCGCAGUGUGACGUAAUUGCCGGCAGCGCCACCGGCGGCGGAGCGGACGUAAUUGAGGUAAUCGGCGAGCCGGCGAUGGCACUGCAGCAGCCGCAGCCGCAGCCGGCGGCAUGAAGCUGCUGAGGAGUUCCACUCGACACAGGGCCGCCACCGCGGCGCUGCUGAAGCGUCUGCAGCCGCAGGCGCUGCCGCCGGGCAACCCCGCCCAUCCGGCCCGGCGCUCUAGUACGGGCGUCGCCAGAGGGAAAGGCGUUCUGACCGGCGUCGCAUCCUCGGGAAUCGGCGGCAGCGCAGAAGUGAGCAAGCGCUCUGGCGGCGAUGGCGCUAGCGGCAGAGGUGCGCUCUGGUGGCGGCGUCCCAAACUGCUUGCGGCAGCAGGAGCGUUCGUAGUGCUCGUGGCCAGCGCCGCGACGGCCGUGGCGCUGCUGUGGCCCUCCUCGAGAGUUGGGUCGGUCGCCUCCACUCCCAUCACCUCCAGUCGCAACACUAUGGCGUCCCAGAGGAACUACGUCAUCCCCACAGUGCCUCCGCCGAACCCGGAACUGGUGCUGAAGAAUGGACAGCGUAUCGUUCCCAGGUCCCUGUGGAGCAGUGGCGUGCCGCCCAACUUCAGAAUCCCUCUGCACCAUCCGAUACCGUAUGUGGUCGUCGGACACACGGCGGGCACGGCCUGCAAAGGGGAAGAGGAGUGCUUUGUUCUACUGCGCGCAUACCGCGACGAGCAUUACGCCAAGUGGGAGCAGCCCGACAUCUCGUACAACUUCCUCAUAGACGUGGAGGGCAACAUCUACGAGGGCCGUGGCUGGGGCGCCACCAACAACUACGAGAGGGAGUGGGUGCUGCGCUGCAACCUGGCCGUCACCUUCAUGGGCAACUUCGUGCACCACAACGCGACGGAGGCGAUGGCGCGCUCGCUGCAGCUGCUGCUGGAGCUGGGCGUGUCCCUGGGCAAGCUGGACAGCGAGUACCGGCUGCUGGCGCACAACCAGGUGGCCAGCACUCUCAGCCCGGGGCCCAACGUGCUCAAGCUCAUCGAGUCCUGGCCGCACCGCUGCUUGAAGCUCUGCAGCGCCGGUAUGCAGUGCAUCCGAGCAAACUCGACGGAAGUGAGCACGACAGCACUGAGCACCGUCGAAAGUGGAGAAAGUUGAACUGCAGCAAGUGAAUGCGCACUGGAAGUAGCACUUCUGUGGUGCCAGACCUUUUUCUCGAAUUCUGUGUGCUGGACGUUUUCAGGAGUUGUAAGUGAACCUCUAAGAACGGACUGAUUGGUGAACCUCACAUUCGACAUAUAAUUUGAUUAAUACCUUGAUUUAUUCAGCAUAGUCGCAGUACACAGAGUGAAACAGUUCAUAACCUGUCCACGCCGAGUCAGAGUCACUGCAUCCCAAAACUGAACAAGGUAGUCUCACCAAAACGUCCAGGGAGCCAAAGCCAAUACGUUACACUCAGUACUGAAGCCCUCCACUGCAGUUACAGGGUACGCAUCCAAUCCACAGGUUGUUGUAGUUGUGAUCUUCAGACCUGAGACUGGUUUGAUGCAGCUCUCCAUACUACCCUAUCCUGUGCAUGUUUCUUCAUCUCCCAGUAUCUACUGCAACCAACAUCCUUCUGAAUCUGAUUAGUGUAUUCAUCUCUUGGUCUCUCUCUCUACGAUUUUUACCCUCCACGCUGCCCUCCAAUCCUAAAUUUGUGAUCCCUUGAUGCCUCAGAACAUGUCCUACCAACCGGUCCCUUCUUCUCGUCAAGUUGUGCCACAAACUCCUCUUCUCCCCACUUGUAUUCAAUAACUCCUCAUUAGUUAUGUGAUCUACCCAUCUAAUCCUCAGCAUUCUUCUGCAGCACCACAUUUCGAAAGCUGCUAUUCUCUUCCUGUCCAAGCUACUUAUCGUCCAUGUUUCUCUACCACACAUGACUACACUCCACACAAAUACUUUCACAGGUAUCGGCAAGUUUGCACGAUCACUGCAGGCGUUGUCACUAUCAGCUUGAUGAUCUGAAGUGAUGUAACGAAGCCUACCUCUGCUAUGCACCGUAGUUGAGGCCACCGACAGGGGUACUGGAACCGCGUCCUAACGCCUACUGCGGUAUCUGUCAGUGAAUGUGCUUUAUCUAUGUCGUUAUACGAGUCACUUUUGGGCCCUGACAUACGAAUCUUGAACUGCUGGGAAGUGGAUGGGAAGAGGAGAAAGUCUGAAUAUCGAACGAGAAGAUGUCGUUCGAACAUGAUCAACACCAUAACGCACUUGCCUUGGUAUUUUGCACACAUUCAGCAAUAUCAAAGUAUAGUGUCAGGUUAUAAAUAUACUCUUCAUGAUUGCAAAGCUUCGAGCAAAUCUUAAAACACGAUAAACAAAUUUCGUAGAAAAAUGGAUGUGCUUCACAACUGGUUUUUAUGUCAUCGCGGGGAAGAUACUUUUACUUGCAUUUUCUUUUUUCAAUAAAUGUCUUUGUUCCAUAUUUUUUAAAAAGGACUGUGGAUUUUAUUUAAAUAUAGCUUUUGCUGGGAAAUUAUAUUGGUUAUGGCUCAUUUUGCUUCCUAGUCUGACAUACUCCGAAUAAAAUUUCUACUGGUUGAUGGCACAGGUGAUCAGGAAAUAGACUGAACUUAUUUGAACAAUUGUUUUCUGGCAUAUCAGAAUUACGUAUCCUGCAAAAAAAUCUGAGGUUAUGGCCCAUAUUUUUGGUAACAUGCCCGUGACUCCAUAGACACUUAGAGAUACCUGAAGUGCACCACGAAGAGGUGCCCUGAGAAUGAAGCAAAACAUUUUUAGAGCCUUUGUUUACUGUGAACUGAAAGUAGACAAUUGUAUUCUUUUACAAUAAUUUAUAAACAAGAAGUUAAUUCGUUAACUGUAAAUGUUUCGUUUCGUUGUUCUUAAAAUGACAAAAGUUGGUACAUUUGAAAGAAACAGUCCAAGUGGUUUUUAAUAGCCUAAAAUGUGAAAACUUAUGUUCCUAAGCAGGGAAAGUAACCUACAAUGUUAUUGUUUCUUUUCUUCUUCAUUGUUCACUCUUGCAGCGUCGAGAAGGUUAUUUUAAUAUCUUCAAACCUCAGCAGCGUAAGAAAAAGCAAUUUUUCAAGGUACGAAAUGUUGGCUGUUGAGAGCUCUUUUCGACGUAGCUAAUUUUGUACCAUAUUCUCACUGAAAAAGGUGACGAUGACUUCCUUGCCUUCAGGUAGCACGAGAAUGUAUACAAUGUGUGGUUCACCAUUCAGUUCCUUUGUCUAAAUUUCGCACACACUGUUUCCUAGCAAAAAUGGCUAGCAACACGUAUGUGUGAGACAGACGCUCUAUUUAGUGACUCUGCAUUGCUAUGUCUGUGAUAUUAAUUGAUAGUAAACUGCAAAAGUUUUGAAAAUAAUGACAGAGUGGAGAAGAGAUAUGGAAAAAUAAACACUCGCGAAAAGAGGUAGGCAAAUUUUAUUUCUUGUCUGGGAAUUACGAGCUUAAGUGUGGCAGUGGCACUAAUGUGAGACUAAUGUGCAUCUGAUUUCAAACUGUGACUGUGUUAGAGCAUCAAUAGUGUGAAAGUUCGUCGCUGUGGUGUGUACUGUGCAUGAGCAAGUAGCGUAAGACAAUCAGAACUGGGCUAAGAAGAAGGAGCCGUCUCUCAGCAGCUUCUUCUCUUUCGUUCAUACUAUACUCCUGUCUCACCUUUGAUAUAAUUCUUGUGUGAUCUCUGUAGCUUACAAAAACGUUCGAAAAGUGUGAACAGUGUGAUUUGAAAGUUGCAUCACAUUCCAGUCAUUAAAAUUUUCUCAGUUAAUAAUCAUUCAUAAA